AUGCCUCCUAAAGGUGGAAUUUCUAAACGAGAAGCACCACGGCGUCGUAAGAUUGCCUUAGCGUGCGAGUCAUGUCGAGACAAGAAGGUGCGGUGUGAUGGCAUGAAGCCAGUCUGUGGCCCAUGCGCUCGUCGCUCGUAUACCGUUGACCAAUGUGUAUACAAGCUGGAGAAUGCAAGGUCUGCCAGCAAUGAUGAGUACUUGAAGAUUCUCCACAAUCGCAUUCGAGAGCUCGAAGAGGCAUGUGCAAAAGGCGGGGUUACUGUACCGCCUGGCCUAUCGCAAAAUGGAGCCCACAUAGCCUCAGAAAGUCGCCUGGGCGAAAACAUGGUUAUGGAUCAUCUAGAUGUAGAAUCUAGAACCUCGGUUGCUGCAGAAGGACUGCUGGGGCUGGGCUCGACCCCUGUGGUAUCUAUACCAAAUUCUUUGUCCUCGACACCCAAUUUCCAGCCUCCAAGAUUCAUCGCGCAGAGAAACCAAUCGGAAGCUGGGGAGAGCUACACCACCCCACGUGCGACACAUUUGUCUCCCCAAGCAGGCAGUAUCUAUCCCUCGCCAUCUCUCAAUUCCCAUAGCAAUGUCACCGCGAUGGGUGCGAUAUCUGUCGCAGAGGAUGACCCAAGCAUGGACUCUCCUCGGGAGCAGCAAUACUAUGGAAACUCCUCCGUAGCGUCAUUUGUGCGUCUUGCAGGAGAGUCUAUGCCAUUACAGCCAUACAUGUCUACUUUACGAAAUAGUAAAAAGGAGUCGUCGAGGUCCCAUGGCGCUGAUACAGGGCUCUGGCGGGAUCUAAGUUACCCAUCGGUAGAUCUUCGGUUUGAUGACUUUUCCUUACCGCCCCGAUAUCUAGCAGACCACCUUCUGGAGUGUUAUUGGGACAGAGUGUAUUCUCUAUUUCCAUUUUUCCAUCGCCCCAGCUUUCAGCAAGCUUACGAAAACCUUUGGGAGUCGGACAAGUCAUCAAAGCCUGAGUUGCCGCAGCUCAAUAUUGGGCUUGGGGGGGCUUUUGAUUGUGGACCCAACUCCAUUGUCUUUCAUUGCUCACUGAAUGCCAUAUUUGCCCUUGGAUGCUAUUUCUCCGACAUUCCACCCGCAGAACAAGAGGCUGCGGUAUACUCGUUUUUCCUUCGCUCAAAGCGAUUUGUCAAUCUGGAUCUGAUGGACAUAGGUACUAUUGGCGUUGUUCAAACGCUCCUGCUUGUUUCGCUUCUCCUACAAAGCACACCCUAUCCCGUGCGGUGCUGGAAUGCAUUAGGACUGGCAUGCCGAGCUGCUCAAGGUCUCGGAUUACACGAGACAAGCACGCACACCUCGAAUAAACCGCUGGAGAUCGAGAUACGACGACGUACGUGGCACAGCUGCGUCAUUAUGGACAUGAUUGUGAGCAUGACCCAUGGAAGACCGAGCAUGACUUCUCACAUCGCACCGUUGCCUUUGCCUGCAAUGGGAACAGACUUACAAGAACCCGAUCCUUGUCAGCUCAGCGGACAAUUAUGUGAUCACAAGCUGGGAUACAUGACAUUCUACGUUUCAACCAUUGAAUUAUACAAGAUCCUCGAGUCUAUCCUAUCUGAAGUCUACAAUGCUUGGCAAAGUCGGUCAAGUAGAAAGGGCACGACUUCCCCACGAGGUUCCAAGCUCUGUAGCCUGGAUACAUUGAUGGAACUUGAUUAUAAGCUUGCUACUUAUGAAGCUAGUGUGCCAAAACCAUUGAACUGGACAGAUGAAUCCUCAAUUCCUCAUCCAAACAAUGGCCAUGCAUUGAUAUUCAAACGCCAGCAGAAUGUGUUACGCGCGAGGUUCAUCCAUCUCCGCCUCCUGUUAUACCGUCCGAUGUUCACCCAGCUCUGCUCCGACGAGCGAGCAGGGUCAUCCCGACGCUCUGACGUACAACCUGGCGAGAGAAACAUGAUAUAUGCCUCGGUUUUCUCGAAGUGUGCGGCUUCUUGCGUCAUGGCAGCGAUUGACCUUGUUUCGCUUAUCCACAAGACAUACCGUACUAAUUUAACCGAUGCAUGGUGGUACAAUGGGUUCUACACAUCGACCGCAGGAUUUAUCCUGAUCAUGUCAAACUCCUGUCAUUCGAUCCGGGAGCAAGUCGAUCCCCAGAUAGUGGACGACAGUUGGCGAAAGUGUGAAGAAAUUCUAGCUUUCAUGGCUACUUUCAGUCUUUCCGCUCGCAACUCAUUGCAAUUCCUGCAAAUGACGUACCAGCACAUCGUGCAAAAUUACUCAGCUACCUCUCGGUCGGGGGAUGCUACCUCGUUGGUCCCUACCCAGCUACAACAAAGGGGCAAUCCACCACCGAACCGGCCUGAUUUGUCGUCACAUCAUACGGAGCCAGUAACUGAGGAACAUAACAUUCGCCAAGAAUCCAAUAAUAUAGAUACGAACCCUUUCACGACAUGGGAUGAAAUGGGAUUGGGUCAGGAAGAGUUUGGGUUCCUUGGACGGUUUGAUUUGCCUGAUAUUGCAAGUUGGUUUGCGGAUAUACCCCCUUGGACAGAUCUGAAAGAUGGAGCGAGUCACCCUAGAAAAGAAUUCACAAUGUCGAUAAAUCUCUGA